CUCCCUCCCUCCCUCCUCAGAUACGCGACUCCCGGUGCUGAAUGAGGAAAGUCGGGAGCCGGAGGGCGAUUCGCUCAGUCUCUGCUGCCUUUUGCCACCGCUUCUCCGGCGCCUGCUCGCCCUUUCCUCAGCAGGAAUGAUAACUUGGGUGAACGUGAAUGAAUAAAGCCACUUCUGCAAAUGUAGGGCAGAAGGCCAAUGAUGCAAACAGUAUGGCCCUAAUGAACGGACAGACCAGUAAUAUUAAUAUUGUAGCUACUGCUUCAGAGAAGAGUAGCAGCUCAGAAUCAUUGAGUGACAAAGGUUCUACUGAAUUGAAGAAAAGUUUUGAUGCAGUAGUUUUUGAUGUUCUGAAAGUAACACCUGAGGAAUAUGCAGGCCAGAUUACACUCAUGGAUAUUCCUGCAUUUAAAGCUAUUCAACCAGAGGAACUGUCAAGCUGUGGUUGGAAUAAAAAGGAAAAAUAUAGUUCAGCACCAAAUGCAGUUGCUUUUACAAGAAGAUUCAACCAUGUAAGUUUUUGGGUUGUUAGAGAGAUUCUUCAUGCACAGACAUUGAAAAUAAGAGCUGAAGUCCUAAGCCACUAUAUCAAAACUGCUAAGAAACUUUAUGAACUAAAUAAUUUACAUGCUCUUAUGGCUGUGGUUUCUGGAUUACAAAGUGCCCCCAUCUUCAGGUUGACUAAAACAUGGGCGUUACUGAGCCGAAAAGACAAAGCUUCUUUUGACAAACUGGAAUACGUAAUGAGCAAAGAGGACAAUUAUAAAAGACUUAGAGACUAUAUUAGUAGCUUGAAGAUGACUCCUUGUAUUCCUUAUUUAGGUAUUUAUCUCUCAGACUUGACAUAUAUUGACUCAGCAUAUCCAUCAACAGGAAGUAUUCUGGAAAAUGAGCAGAGAUCAAACUUAAUGAAUAAUAUUCUUAGAAUAAUUUCAGACUUACAGCAAUCUUGUGAAUAUGAUAUUCCUGUGUUGCCUCAUGUUCAAAAGUACCUGAAUUCUGUUCAGUAUAUAGAGGAACUUCAGAAGUUUGUGGAAGAUGAUAAUUAUAAACUUUCAUUAAAAAUAGAACCUGGGACCAGUACCUCACGCCCCACUGCAUCUCAUGAAGAUUUAGUUGGCCCUGAAGUGGGUGUUUCUCCCCAAAUGGUGCGAAAGAAUGCUACUGCUGAAGAAGCAUUGCUACCACCAACUCCUCCAUCUCCUAGAAACCUGAUGCCUCAUGGGCAUAGAAAAUGUCACAGUUUGGGAUACAAUUUCAUUCAUAAAAUGAACACAGCAGAAUUUAAAAGUGCAACAUUCCCAAAUGCAGGACCAAGGCAUCUUUUAGAUGAUAGUGUCAUGGAACCACAUGCUCCAUUACGGGGGCAAGCAGAGAGCUCCACUCUUUCCAGUGGAAUUUCAAUAGGUAGCAGUGAUGGUUCAGAGCUCAGUGAAGAAACUUCAUGGCCAGCAUUUGAAAGGAACAGAUUAUACCAUUCUCUUGGUCCGGUGACAAGAAUAGCACGAAAUGGCUAUUGGAGCCACAUGAAGGGCAGCAGUUCUGCUGAGUCUGAAGAUUUAGCUGUUCAUUUAUAUCCAGGAGCUGUUACUAUUAAAGGGGUUCUUAGAAGAAAAACUUUGUUGAAAGAGGGGAAGAAACCAACAGUUGCUUCUUGGACCAAAUACUGGGUAGCUCUUUGUGGAGCACAGCUUUUCUACUAUGCUGCAAAGUCUUUAAAGGCUACAGAGAGAAAACAUUUCAAAUCUACACCAAGUAAGAAUGUGUCAGUAGUGGGUUGGAUGGUUAUGAUGGCUGAUGAUCCAGAUCAUCCGGAUCUUUUCCUACUCACAGAUUCCGAAAAAGGGAAUUCGUACAAGUUUCAAGCUGGUAACAGAAUGAAUGCAAUGCUGUGGUUCAAGCAUCUAAGUGCUGCCUGCCAAAGCAACAGACAACAGGUUCCUGCCAAUUUGAUGACUUUUGAGUGACCAGCUACUGCAGAAUUUGAUCCAUGAAUUUGAUCCAUCCACUUUUGAAUGCUAUUUCAUGGUUUGAGAAGUCCUGUUGAAGGCAUGCCAGCUGUACUUCCGACUAGGAAGAAAAUGGAAGUUCUGAAUAAAAGCACUAAGAUUUCAGGGAAUUGAAUGUGACAUGAACUACCGUGAGGCUUGCUGCUACUCAAUAUUCUCUGAACUGACUUGUGGAAACCACUGCCUUAAAGAAUGAAAGGUUAUCCAACAUGAAACACCAAAUUUGUGUGUGUGUGUGUGUAUGUAUGUGUGUGAAACCUCUGACAGUGCUGUGCUUAUGUUAAGUAGGUUGUAGCUAGUUUGUAUUUGUGUUUACUUUGUUACAUUUUAAUUUUAAAGCCCUGCUUUUUGCAGUUUUUCUUGUAAAAUCUGUAAAUCUGAAACUUAAGGGUGUUUCAAGGGGUGUUUGAGUAAGGGGAUAGCCUGUGUGUUCUUGAAAAAUAUGCAGCUUAUAUCUGUGUCCCUCUGUAUUAGCUCUUGUGCUUAGCUAAUUGGGGGCACAAUAUAAUUAAUUUAGCUUAGAAUGUAACAACUGUAAUAUAUGCAAAUUUAUCUUGUUUUUACAAAGCACUGACUUUGCAGAAUUUGAUACUACGUGAGGUUUUUCUUUUCUGCAAGUGACACAACGGCCAAUAUCAUAUUCAUUCUUUUUUUGAGAAAGAGAGAGAUCUUGGUUGUCAGUUUCAAGGAGAUUCUGGGAAACAUCAGAAGGUCAGAACUGAGAAUUUAAUUUCAACAUAUUUUCAGACAAGACACCCUCAUUUCUCCAAGAAACAAGUUUUGAUACACGUAAUACACUUUCCACAAGCACAUUUACCCCUGAAAAUCUUCAUUAACUAUUGUUUUACAGAUGAAAACCUUAUAUUUUCCUUCUUGUAAAAGAAGCACAAUAUUAGGAUUAGAAGUUUUUCAUUUCUUUUAUGUCAGAACUCGAAUCUUAUUUGUGUAUAGUUUGCAAAAGUCACCUCCUACAUAAUCUGAAAAAUCUGCCAGUAUAAAGAUAAAUCACUGAUGGAUUAAUUACAAGUAGGUUUAGAUUACUGUAAGAAAAUAUAGGUUACCAUUUCACAUAUUUCUUUAAAAAAACAACUUACCACCACGUGAGCUAAUUUGUAAAGAAACUCAUGCUCUGAAAAUUUGUCUAUGUUGGUAUGAUAGCAUGAUACUUUGAACUAGACAGUUUCAGAGUCUUCACAUAUUUUGAUCAAAAGAAAACAAGGUCAGUUGAAAUCAACUCCAUCAGUGCUAUAGUACAGCUUAUGAGAAAAUAUAGACUGAAAUUAUAAAAAGUAACUCCUCAAAUUCACGUGUGAGUAGAAUAUCAUGGGUUCAUGUAGCUAAAGGAUAUGUUUUCUGAAUGGCUUUUUCCUGCUAAUAGGAUAGGCAGGAAUGGCAGCUAUCCACAGAAGGAAAUAAUAAGGUUCACAUAAAAGUUUUGUUCAAAGUACAAUGAAAUAAAUAGGAACAUAUUUUAAAAUUAUCCACUUUUAAUAUCUAUUUCUUUUCUUCCUGCCAAGAAGUUAAAUUCUGGAUUCUUGGGGAAUUAAUACUCAGUUCUGACCUUAUAGUGGCAUUUGUUAUAAAAGGAGACUUGCAUGUUCUUGACUUGCUUAGUUUACACAUCUGUCAAUAAAUGACACAGAAAGUUUCAUGGGAACAUCUUUAUAACCAGCAGUAUUACUAUAUAGAGUUUGCACAAUUUAAUUUCCACUUAAUUUCCAUCCCAUUUUUUAAUUUUAUGGAAUGGAAUCCUGUGGAAUUUGUUCUAAAAAAAAAGCAUGGAAGAAAAAGAAUUGUGUAGAUAGAUUUAUCCCAUUGAUCACCAUUCUUAUGAGCAGAAAGAUGCAACUGCAAACCACAGCUUAAUUAGAUAAAGAGUUUUGGAAGAUAAAAAGUCAGCUCAUGCCAGUUUUUCACAUGGUGUCUAUAGUUAGUUUUGGCACAUUGAAUGAGCACGUUUGAACAUUUACAAUAUUUGAUUCAGAUCAUAGAACAUGACACAUAUUUUCUGAGAUACAUUGGUUUUGAAGCUUAUGUAACAUUUUCAGAGCUAAUUCAUUACGUCAAAAUGUUUCUCAAAAGGAAAUGGAUGGUUUGGAAAGGGAGCACAUACAAAAACAGGCACAUGUAUCAGCUCAAAACCAGGUUGGAAACUUGUUUUUGCCCAGUAGACUAAAUACCAAAAGCAGCAAAAAGUAGUAAAACGUUCAACUUAAAUAUAAAUACAUCUGUUUAAAAGCUUUACUUAGCCUAUUUCCUUUAAAUAGCAGAUAGGGGUAUUAUACUUUUACAGCUUUCAGCUUUCUCAUACACAUUUUGUAGUUUUUGUAUUUAUUUGUUUUGAUUUAAUUUAUUUGAAAAAAUCUUUCAAGCCUUGAACCAUUCCAGAUUUUAUGGUAGUUUUAAAGAUUGCGCUUGUAAAAAGAUCUAUUUAAUUUCUAACAAUUUGCUUCAUUCAUCAGUUAAAUUUCAGUAACGUAAAAUUUUACAGUUCAUAUUAUUAAUAACAUAUUUUUUAAAGGUAGCUUUCAAAAAUAUGUAUCAGAAAAUCUAAAUGCUGUUUGAGUGUCAAUGAAGCAUUUUGCUUGGUAGUACAAGUUUCUUCUAAAUGAGCUAAAUAUAUAGAUGCUAAUACUAUCAGGGAUUGUUUUUAUAAUAAUUAAUAGAAAAUAGAAUGAGUUCCAUUUUUACUAUAACAAAAACACUGGAUUUUUGGUAUAUAAAUACAUAUUUCACUAAAAUAGAUUUUUACUAUUUUAUCUAAAAACAAAUCAAGUUGCAAGAAAUGUUUCAAGAUGUAUUACAAAUUCAAGUUGCAAGAUGUAUUACAAGACACAUGCAUCUGGUCAGUACAACUGUAGAAUGCCUUAUAUGUCUUCCUUUCUCUCUCUCUCUCUCUCUCUCUCUCUCUCUCUCUCUCUCUCUCUCUCUCUCUCUCUCUCACACACACACACACACACACACACAUACACACGAAAGAGGGGGGGGUGGAGAGAGAGAGAGAGAAAGCUUCAUCUUGUAUACUGUAAAUGAACAUCCUCUACUGCAUAUGCCCAAUAGCCUCAAUUAAUCAUCUUUCUAAUUUCCUCUAAUUGUUAUAAAAUGCAGGGGUCAUGUAUUCUGAGUAUCUCAGUACUCAUUAUUCUGAAAAGUUGAUUGCAAUUUGCCAGAUUUCAGUUAGCCCACAUGACGCUGAUUGAAUAAUAUUGUCAGACUACUUUGUCAAAUCUCAGCCAAGAAGAUUUUCCUUGUAAUGAAAUUGCAACUUGCACUGCUUCAUGCACAAAUGAUGCACACACACUUGUCUAUGUACACUAAAGACAUGGAUGAAGCUGCUUUUCAGAACACAUUAGGUGAAAUGAAAGACUCUGUUCCAGCUACCGUAUAUCUAAAUUGUAUUUGAAUCAUAGAACAUUACUGUAGAUAUUGUUAUAGACAUACUAUUUUCAAAUAGGGUUAAGUGAGCUUUUUGAAUUUCUUCCUAAUGUUGUAGCAUAUUCCUGUACCUUUAUAUCAGAUCAAACAAAUCUGUUACAAAUUAGGUUUCCUUGUAAUGCAAACUUCCAGUGGCUCAAGUUGCAUCUUUCUUCCUCAUGUUUUUGUGCAUAUUGCUUUUUCAAUUGUAAGCAUUCUUAAAUCUGAUUUAGUGUUCCAAUUUGUAAUAUUAUAUACUAUGCAAACUUGAAGACACUAAAAUUUGAAGAAUUAUUUUUACUUUCUCUGAAAAGUCUAUCUGCCUAGAUUUGGGGAAUUUCAAGUCACUCUCUUUUCCCGUUUAAAAAUGGCCUGUAUUCCACCUUAAAAUUUACAUUUAAAAAUAAAACAGAAACAGAAUAUUCAUUCAGAGAAGUAUAACAUUUCCUGCUCAUUAUGAGAUGAGCAUUUUAUAUCUGUAUAAGAUUUUUGCUAGUGCCUUAAUUACCAGUUUGAAAGACCAAGGUGGCAACCCACCAAGUAUUAUUUCUAUGCAUUCCACUACUUAUGUAAGUUGGGCUUUGCAGAAACUCCAAUUAAAUAACAGCCAGUAGAAAAACUCAAUUUUUCUUAGCUCAUUUCUGCUUCGAAAGUCAAGCUUUCUCUUUAGUAGACCCAGUAAAAAAUCUUUUAAUUUGAAUAAGUUUCAGUUCAUUGAUCUUAUACAAGGAAUGUUUGUGCAUUUGUAAACCGGUUCACAUUUUUUGCAUAAACUCCUCUAUAUAUGUAUGUCCUAGGCAAUGGAUCUUUCAAGUAUUCCUUCAGACCCUCUUCUCUCACCCUCAUCACCAAUGUAUGAUCUUGCCCUAGAAGUGCAAGUUUCACUGAAUCAUUUAAUUAUUUUUUAAACAAUCCCAUUUUGAAACUUCAAGAUAGAAGCCAGUUUUUUAAAAAAAUCAGUUAUACCUGAGGAGUUAAUAUCUUUCUAAACUUUAUAAUAUCUGAAUUUUGAGAAAUAAAUUUUCAGCUAGAAGAAGAAAACUUAAAUUCUGAAGGCCAUGAGUAUUAGCUCUCUCUCUAGGUUAAAUUUUCCACAUAUAUGAUAGAGGAGAACUGAACAACCAGAUUUAUAACUGAAUGCAACUUAAAUAGCAAGAGUUAUGUCUUUUACAAAGAUACUGGACCAUAUACAGACUGUUCAUAGUAAAGAUUGUGAAAGUAUAUUAUAGUUUUAAGAUUUUUCACAACUUUCUGAAACAAAGUUGCAGACGUAUCAACCUGUUUCUUGAGUUUGGGUGUUAUUGAAGAUCUAAGAUGGAAUGUGUUCAGAGCCUCUUCUUUGCAGUGGACAAAUUGGCACCUUCUUUCCCUGAAAAAAAAUAUUUAUUUUUCUUACUAAUUAAUGUGCUUACUUUACUGUAAACUUAUUAGAAGAUAAGUGGAAAAGGGGGAGUUUAGUGAAAUCUUGUCUUUUUGUAUCCUUUAAUAAUAACAUAAUUUAUAGUCAUUCACAUCAUUAUGAACUUCACAUAUGUAAAAACAUGCAAAGUCUACAUUAUACUACACACAAGCCAUUUUAGUAUAUUUUCCUCCAUUUGACCUCAAGCACUAUUUUGAUGGGGGGGGGGGUGUAAAUGCACUAUGACCUCUAUGAGUGAUGUGCAGUUUAGCUGUUCCUUGUCCUUUUUUUUUAGUUUUUUAAAAUAUUUUACGUGUGUAUGUUUGAACUGUUUGUUUGCAUAAGCUGUUUCAAGAUAGCUUAAUGUAUGAACUUAAAACAGAUUUUUCCUACUGAAAUAAAUUACUUAAAAUUUGGA